ACAGUUUCGCUUGUGUCAAGGAACCAAUAACAGCUGCCGUCAUAAGACCCAAGUGCGGUGGCCGGUUGGUGGUUGGCAUAUCGAAACGCAACAGGAAGAAGGAAAGAGAGAGAUAAAAAAAGAAAGAAAAAAAAGGAAAGGCAGUGCAGGUGCAACUAGACGGAGAAACUGGGAAGGAAAGAGCACGCGGCUGCUGUGUGAUUUCUCGAUCUCGAAGGCCCGCCACCAGGAGAAUUGGAGAUCAUGGCGACAGAGCUUGCAUCCUUAGUGAACCGGCUGGAGACCGCCGUGGCGAGGUUGGAGAAGGUGGGUCUGUCGGCGCCUGCAGGAGGAUCGCCAGCAGCACCAGCAGGAGGAGCUCCCGAACCCGCUCAGCAGGAAGAGCGUCGUCCAGGCUUGAUUUGGGGUGAGGAUUGCACAGUGCCAUUCGUACUUGCCUACGAUGACCUCCUCUCAGGCCCCUUCAAGGCCUUCCUGGACACUAGCAACCAGAUUGGGGGAGAUGUCGCUGCAAUUGCAAAGAUGGUGCAGGAAACAUUCAUCAAUCAGCGUGCUUUCUUGGUCAUGGCUUCAAAGAGUCAACGACCCCUUGACAGUGAACUGCCUCAGGUACUAGAGCCAACUGGCAAGAAGGUCCAGGAAGUGAUUGCAUUUAGGGAAUCUAAACGCCAGUCGCCAUUCUUCAAUCACCUGUCUGCAGUGUCCGAAUCUAUUCCUGGCCUAUCAUGGGUGGCUGUUUCUCCAGCACCAGCACCUUAUGUUAAGGAGAUGGGAGACUCGGCAGUAUUCUAUACUAACAGGGUUCUCAAGGAAUACAAGGACAAGGACAAAGUUCACGUUGAAUGGGUCCAGCACUGGAACAACGUCUUCAAGGAGCUUCAGCAGUACGUCAAGACUCACCACACCACAGGUCUCUCCUGGAACACUCGUGGUGGCAACGCAAUGUCAAACCUCAAGGCUGCUCCGGCUAACUGCGGUGUUCCUCCCCCUCCUCCUCCUGGCAUCCCUCCCCCUCCCCCAAUGGUCCCACUGGUGCCAAAAGCUGUGGCUGCGGAGGAUGAUGGCCGAGCUGCACUCUUCGCCUCUAUUAAUAAGGGAACAGAUAUCACAGCCGGGCUCAAAAAGGUGGACCGCAACGCACCUCGUCUUCCACCAGGGGUGUGGACGCCACAGACAGUUAGAGAUGACCAGAAAACCCACAAAAACCCCAGUCUGCGUGAGGGACCAAAACCAUUUGUCAAGCAGACAGAGACUGCCCCUGUUCGUGCACCCACUCGUGAGUCACCAGAACGCCCUCCCAAGUUUGCUCUUGAAGGGAAGAAGUGGUUUAUCGAAUACCAGAAAGACAAACCAAGUCUUGUGGUCGAUAAUGCUAAGAUGGAUCAAUCUGUGUACAUCUUCAAGUGCCAGAACAUAGUGGUUCAAGUUAAGGGUAAAGUUAAUUCUGUCAUAUUAGACUCCUGUAAGAAGUCUGCUGUAGUAUUUGAUAACCUGGUUUCUUCUGCGGAGGUUGUCAAUUGUCAAUCGUGCAAGGUCCAGGUGAUGGGCAUCAUGCCAACUAUCACGAUUGAGAAGACCGAUGGUUGCCAUGUUUACCUGAGCAAACAGUCUCUCAACACAGAAAUCAUCACAGCCAAGUCCUCUGAAAUGAACAUCCUUAUUCCCAAAGAGGAUGGCGAGUUUGUAGAAUGUCCUGUUCCUGAGCAGUUCAAGACGGUGAUCAAGGGCCAUUCCCUGGUCACUACAUGUACCGAAAAGGCUGGUUAAAGUCUGUGAAACAAUGCUCAUGUAGGAGAAAUAGAGAACAAGAGGAAGAGAGAGGAUAAUUUUGGAACCUGGCACAAUUAAUUUACUUGAUUUAAAGAAAAAAUUGUUUACAUACAUUAAGAAAACACAUUUGAGGAUAUUUAUUGGUGCUUGAUGUGAAUAGUCAUCCCAGGAAGUGAUUUUUAAAGGAUUUGUUAAUAGUGGAUUCAAGAAAUGUCCAAAUUUCGUAGUGGAUUACAGUUUGAUACAUGUAGUUUUGAUUUGAGAAUUUUCUUUCUUGACAAAGACGUAUUAGAAAUUGAUGAGUCCUCAGAGUGAAAUGAAGGUUUAAUUAUGCAAGCACAAGAAUAAUUACUAGUUUCAGCUUUUUAUACAAUCAGUAUAAAGCCAGUGUUACAUUAAACAUAAUUUAACUACAAACAACACAUUUAAAGGAUUGGCACCAAAUUAUUUAGAUGUUAUGGCUUGAUUUAGUAAUUGCCAUAGUGUGCAAUGAGAUAGAAAACACAGUCAAUGAAAUGAUAUUUCCUUGAGUUAAAAUAUUAGAAAGGAUCAUGAAUUUGUUAAUAGUUCAUCUAAUUUGUGAUUCCAGUUCCCCCACCAAGUCAACAGUUAGCUCUAGACUGUAUCAGUUAUUUAUCCAAAAAGCAACAACAUUAAAAUGGAAAAGUGAAGCUUUUUUACUCAUAUGAAUGUAAGACACAAUGUUACUCAAAAGCACAAGUUAUUUAGAACCAGUCUGAUUCCUCCUCUAAAUAGCCAAAGAAUUGUUUGAAAAAUGCGUAUGGAUAAGGAAUGCAUGAGAGAGAUAUUUAUAACCUUUGUAAAGUGACAAGAUCAAUGGGAAUGAUUUAGCCAAAGUUUGUAAUGAAGGUAAAAAAGGUAAAAAAAAAAUGAUGAUAAUGAUAUAGAGGAACAAUAUCAGCAUACUGGUAAGGCAAGUCUGUUUCUUCCUUUAGAAAUAUUUCCCACAUUGUCAUGGUUGCCACUUCUGGAAUUAGUUUUCUCAUUCAUUAUCCCUAGAAGAAGAAGAAGAAAAACAUUGUAGGGAUACAUGUUGCUACUUUUAUAUAAGAAGAAAAGCGAUUUUUACACAAAUUUUGAAUGAGAUCUUUCAUUACUCUUCUUGAUGCUGUAUGUAGUUUAGUCCCAUAAUUUAUUAUUAUUCCUCUAGUUUCUUUACCAACUGGUGAAUUUGGAAAUGUAUUAGACAGUGGCAUAAUUAUCAAACAGUAUGGGAAAAUCUAGCCUUUUUACUUUGCUUUAUUAUAAUUAUAAUUGUCUACUGCAAAUGUUGAUUAACUGUACUCUUCCAUUUUAUAUGCAUAUCAGUAAUGAUUUUGAUUUAACUAAUAAAAUGUACAAGUGGGUACCA